AAGAAGCUGAAAUAUUUUAGUUGGAAGGCGGUGGUGCAAUAUCGUGAAGUAGUGCUUAAUCGUGAGUGAAAUUCUCUCACACAAUGACAUGUGCACCAUUUUCAAAAGGUAAAAACGUUCACGGGUGACCCCUUGUCAGCAUCAAUACCCACUAUAAAUACCACUAUAAUAUCCUUACUAUACCUAAGUCACAACCCUACUUUGAUCAUUUCACAUUGCCUCAUCAUACAUACCUUGAAGCAUAGCCACAAAGCCAUAAGAAAAAUAAUGCAGCCCAAUUUCUCUCGGUUCACUCUGUUUCUUCUUUUCUUGAUCGCCGGAGGCUCUUUUGCCCGUAAUAUUGGUGGUACGUCCAACAGGGUGGUUGUAGGUGACAGGAAAUUUGCCUCUCCUGAGAUGUCUACGGUGCCUGAUGGACAGACUGGCCCCCCUUCAGGAGCUAGUGGUUCGGGCCACGGGCCUAACUGGGACUAUAAUUGGGGAUGGGGUUCGACUCCAAAUGGUGGAUGGGGUUAUGGGUCUGGUUCAGGUCGGUCCCCAACUGGGUUCGGUAAGGGUUUUGGGUAUGGGUCAGGCUCUGGAAGCGGGUCAGGCUCAGGAUAUGGUUAUGGAACUGGGAGUGGUGGCGCUCAAGGUGGUGGAUAUGGUGCUGGAAGUGGGUCUGGUAAUUCUGCUGGUGGUGGCAGCGGGGGAGGAAGUGGUGGACCGAGUAACUAUGGAACGCAAUCACUAUCUGACCCUCGACAGAGAACCAACCAUGGGUGAGGGAGUUGGCUUGGAGUCCAUGUGUGCAAAUGUUGUCUUAGACCACAAAGUGUCAUGUUUCACUCUACUUAUAUAUAUACAGUGUUUGCAUGGUGUGGGAGCUAUAUAUAUUGAUAUAGUAUGUAGUUUGAGUGACUCUGCAACUUAUUUUUAUCA